CCCAGUGAUUGCUUCACAGCUAUUGAUAGUCAUUUCAAACUCUUCGGAAUUUGGAUGAACGAUAGCACAAGAUGCAGGAUGGCACUGAGCAUCGUAUGGGAUGUGUUCAUGUUUUCUUCAGGUUUUGCAUUUGCAACAUUAGAAGCCAUGAUGAUUAAAACAAACCUAAAUGAUUUAAAAUUGUUCUUUCAAGUUCUUGGGACGUUCGCAGCACAUGUGUUGGUUCUGUUGAAGUAUUGUGUAAUGAUGUUUAACUAUGGCAAACUUUCCAAUAUCAAGGAGAGGCUUCGAAGUAAGCGAUUUAUCUACGACGCCUAUGGAUCAUUCGACCAAGAGAAAAUGAUGGCAGAAUCAGCUAUAUUUUGUAACCGUUUUAUGAGACUCACUUUCCUGUCAUACGUGUUGGUUGGAGUGCUGGCUCACAUUUCUGCCCAAUGGAAGUUGAAGAGCGAACAAAAAGGGAUAUACUUUCAAGGGAAUUCAACUUGUUACGAUUUUCUGCCCUACGUAUUUAUGAUCCCUUUUGACGAUGGAAGUAUUCAUAGUUGUGAAUUUGCCCUAUCUUUCAUGGACUUUUCUUUUUGCAUCAUGUCAUCGUAUAUUGCUGGCUAUGAUGCUAUUUUUUGCUGUUUUCUGAAGUGUCUGGAUACGCACCUUCAAAUACUGAGCGCAGCAACGAAAAAUAUUCGAGAAAGGUUACUUUCGAAAGGUAAUAUGGCAAUAGAUUACGAAAUGCAAUAUGAUGACAGUGUCCCAAACUUGGAACAAGAGAUGUAUGAAGAGAUUAAAAAGUGUAACCAUCAUCUGUCGUUUCUGCUCAGGAUCGUCCAAGAUAUUGAUGGAAUAUUCAGUUUCCCCAUGCUGCUUCAAAUCAUUACAUCAAUGUUUCUUAUGGCAUCGAACCUUUUUGUAGCAUCUAUGUUAUCACCUUUUGAGCCGGAAUUCUAUUCCUUGGUAGAAUUCAUGCUUGCUUCAUUGGGACAGCUUUGUAUGGUAUGCCAUUUUUGUGGUAGAAUUACUGAAUCGGGUGUUCGAAAAGUUGUCUCUCCCUUUCAGAAGCAACCACACUUGAAAUAGCUAAUGUGUGGUGAAAUAGCAGCGAAAAAGUAAAGAAACGGAGCAAAUUACCAACCGUUCAUUUAAUAAGAAAAUUCGUGUACCGCGCUAUAACGAGGAAAUGCCCAGGAAAAGGAAAACCAUCUUAAUCUGAUCACGAAGCUUUAGCAGCAUCAUGAAGACACUGAAACUAACAUAUUGCUACCGACCCUCCGCCUAUGAUGAGAGUUCCACCUACAGCCGUUACCUUUACGAAUGUAACUGGUUCAGCACCAGCAGAAGAUUUAAGAAAUGUAUUUUGAUUAUGAUGACUCGACUGCAGAUACCUGUGAUAGUGACUGCAGGGAAGUUUUUUCCGUUGAAUUUAACUACAAUUAUUUCCGUUAUGAAGGCAUCAUUCUCUUACGCUACAAUGUAUAGAGCGGUGGGCUAAAUAUAAAUCAGAAUGAAAACACAUGUAACGUGCAUUCCGUGUGAAUAUGUAUGUAAUGUGUACUAAUGAAUAAUUUGUGUACUGUCUUUAAUAAAUUACUAUGUAUCAA